UUGAGGUAGACUCAGUGUUAUUUAAACAGCGUACCUGUGCCUGUUCGAGACGCCAGCAACAACCAGCUUGACAGCGACAACCCAGUACUGCAGACCAGCGAAUUAGGCAAAUCAAAUAUUUACUAACAUCUUUAAUUACAAAUAUCUAUAAAAAUGUGUGGAAUAUUUGCAUAUCUAAAUUAUCUGACACCCAAGUCCCGCCAGGAGGUGCUGGACCUUCUGGUCACGGGCUUGAAGAGAUUGGAAUACCGCGGCUACGACUCUACUGGAGUGGCAAUUGACUCUCCGGAUAAUAAAAACAUCGUGAUGGUCAAGCGAACGGGCAAGGUCAAAGUGCUUGAAGAAGCAAUUCAAGAGCGUAAGUUCUGUAGAAAAUUGUAGACAAAAGUAAACAUUUUUCCACAGACUUCAGCGGAAGAGAAUACAGCGAACCCGUCCUGACCCACGUUGGCAUUGCUCACACCCGCUGGGCCACCCAUGGUGUUCCUUGCGAGAAGAACUCCCACCCACACCGUUCGGACGACGAAAAUGGUUUCGUCGUAGUUCAUAACGGCAUCAUCACCAACUACAAUGAUGUAAAGACUUUUCUUUCGAAGCGAGGUUAUGAGUUUGAGUCGGAUACUGAUACAGAGGUAUUUGCCAAGCUAGUACACCACCUGUGGAAAACCCACCCCACCUACUCCUUCCGCGAGCUGGUCGAGCAAGCCAUCCUUCAAGUGGAGGGCGCCUUUGCUAUUGCCGUAAAGUCAAAAUACUUUCCCGGAGAGUGUGUGGCGUCGCGGCGUAGUUCGCCCUUGCUAGUGGGAAUCAAGACAAAAACACGCCUAGCCACAGACCACAUUCCAAUUCUGUACGGAAAAGGUAAGCACAGCAAUGGUUUAUCGGCUUUAGCAGUCUCUCCACAGUCAGUUUCUUCACCAGCCAUUCCUUUCUCUUCUUACUUUUUGUAAUUAACUGUCUAUGUGUCGUGGUUGACCGAUUGUUUUCUAUAACAACCGCCAUUGUCCUGUUGCCACUCCACUUUGACGGCCCUUCUACUUCUGCCCGCCGCAACUGUGUUAAACUCGGCGCCGAUGUCGUACCGUAGAUGACAAGAAGCUCUGCACCGAUCAAGGUAGUCACCUGACUAACCCAUUUGCUUUUUGAAUCGAUAACACGUGGCGGGGGCUUUGUGCACACUAACUGAAAAUGUAAAAUAAUUCUUUCACCUCUCUUCUACCAAUAUAUUAAAAGCUUGCGUCUAAACAUGGAUUGAACAAUAAUUAACCUAAAACUUACACUUUUUUUCAUCCGCAAACAUUUUUUUAGAUGCCGACUCUGGAAAACCUCAAGGUAAUUACAAGUUGAUUAAGUUAUUAAAUCAAUUUAAAAUAAUGCUUGCUUGGUUUUGGACGGCUUAUCGUACAAGGCACCUACCAUCUUACACUUGUAAUUCUAAUUCGGUUUAUAUAAAACAAUACUUCGAUUUCAUUCUACAAAAUUUAUCUCGUCAGACUGUAUGACAGUAGAAAAUUCACUUUUAUACAAUAUCAGAAAACCAAUAUCUGUCGACGUUCGGAAAAAAAAAUGCGCACAAAUUUUAAAAAUCAUAUAAUAUCCAUAAUAUAAUGAUUAUUUUAUUAUAUUUUUAUAUCAUAUUAUAUAAUAAUAAGUAAGUUUAUUAAAAAAUAAAAACCAUUUGGCAUAUAGUCUCAUAUUAAUAAACAGAGAUUCAACAUUUUACACAUUGUUCGCCGAGAAAUCUUUUUAGAUCAAUUGAUAGAAAAGAAUUCACAUAAAUUUAAAACGAAUCGACACCUGCUUCUAUAGUUUUCAAGAUUCCAGUGCGCUAACGAAUAGACGAUUCUAAUUUCUAGCUUUAUAUAUCUACAAUUGAAUAUUUAGUAACAUAUCAUAGUAAAAUAUUUUUUCAACGUAUUUAUUUUUAUUUCAUAUCCCUUUGUGCAUUAUUGCACUCGAUACCCAUUAACACCCCACUCUUAAUUACGCACCUGCUAUCGCUUACAACGGAUGACAUUGUACUGUCCUUUCUGUUUCUAUCGCUACGAAACUACGAAUGGGCACGCAAUGCUAUCAAUGCCACCUUAAAUCGACCCUCUAUUUUCAACUGUACAUUCAACGAAUCAUGAAUGCCGCACAAACAAAAUACAAAAUUAACGAGCUAGAUAUUCGCCCACAUGGACAAUCUCGUGAACUGCCAGUGCUUCCCCGUUCGGAAAGCACUUCUGAGUUUAUGCCCUUGGAAGAGAAGGAAGUUGAGUACUUUUUCGCAUCGGACGCCUCAGCCGUCAUAGAGCACACUAACCGGGUCAUCUAUUUGGAGGACGACGAUGUUGCUGCUGUUCGGGAUGGAACUUUGAGUAUACAUCGCCUAAAGAAGAGCCUGGAUGAUCCGCACGCUCGCGAAAUCACUACCCUAAAAAUGGAAAUUCAACAGAUCAUGAAGGGAAACUAUGACUAUUUUAUGCAAAAGGAGAUUUUCGAGCAGCCCGACUCCGUGGUGAACACAAUGCGCGGUCGCGUCCGCUUCGAUGGUAACGCCAUAGUGCUCGGCGGGAUCAAAGACUACAUUCCUGAAAUCAAACGCUGUCGACGCCUGAUGUUGAUUGGAUGUGGCACAUCUUACCACAGCGCUGUAGCCACUAGGCAGCUGCUCGAAGAACUCACAGAGCUUCCCGUGAUGGUUGAGCUGGCUUCCGACUUUUUAGACCGAAACACUCCUAUUUUUCGAGACGACGUCUGCUUUUUUAUAUCGCAGUCCGGAGAGACUGCCGACACCCUGAUGGCCUUACGUUACUGUAAGCAGCGAGGAGCCCUGAUUGUGGGCAUUACGAAUACCGUAGGCAGCAGCAUAUGUCGGGAAUCGCAUUGUGGAGUGCACAUUAAUGCCGGACCAGAGAUAGGCGUGGCCUCGACCAAGGCAUACACCUCCCAAUUCAUUUCCCUGGUGAUGUUCGCUCUAGUUAUGUCCGAAGAUCGACUGUCACUGCAACAGCGACGGCUUGAGAUUCUGCAGGCGUUGUCCAAGCUCGCGGAUCAAAUCCGAGACGUUCUGCAGCUGGACUCCAAAGUUAAAGAACUGGCCAAAGACCUAUACCAACACAAGUCGCUUCUGAUAAUGGGUAGGGGCUACAACUUUGCCACUUGCCUAGAAGGUGCAUUGAAAGUCAAAGAGUUGACUUACAUGCACAGCGAGGGCAUCAUGGCCGGUGAAUUGAAGCACGGCCCACUGGCUCUCGUAGACGACUCCAUGCCCGUGCUGAUGAUUGUUUUGCGGGACCCCGUUUACGUAAAGUGCAUGAACGCUCUACAGCAGGUCACAUCCCGCAAAGGAUGCCCGAUUAUUAUCUGCGAGGAGGGAGACGAGGAGACCAAGGCUUUCUCCUCCCGCCAUCUAGAGAUUCCUCGCACCGUCGACUGCCUGCAAGGAAUUCUCACCGUUAUCCCAAUGCAACUACUGUCUUAUCAUAUUGCCGUGCUUCGCGGAUGCGACGUUGACUGUCCUAGAAACUUAGCAAAGUCUGUGACAGUUGAGUAAACACCUAUUUAAUUGGAACUCCGACUUUGUACCUCUACAUGAUAAUCUCCACAUUUUGUUGUGAAAACUUCCAAACAAGACACAUCUACAAAAUACCAUUAUUAUAAAAUAUCUCCAUAUUUUCGGAUAAACCGUACUCAAUUUUAUUGAAUAAAAAUAUUAUUUCGUUCAGAAAAGUAGUAAAGGUU